GUUCGACUUUGCGCAGUCUUACAGUGUGCGAACGCCCCCGGUGUACUUCCGGUGUGAAGACCCUCAACGUCAUCGGGUAAAAUGGCAGCCUUGGAGAGCGACGAUACAAGCUGGCAUGCUGAAUUGGAAGAAGCUUUGGUAGAGAGCUGUGACUUUGGAACCCUGAGAAACAUCUGCAAAGGAAGACAAAUACCAAACAUCUACCGAGCAUCAGCCUGGAAGAUUUGUCUCAAUGUUGCUGGGAAAGCGAACGCCCUGACAUCGUUUGAUGGAAUCUUUGAUCUUCCUGAACAAGAUAUCUUGAGAAAAGACUGCAGAGAAUUUAUUGAUAAGCUUGAUAACUCAGAGGAGGAGAAGCUAUCACUAGUCAGUGACCUUGAGUCUGUAUUGACCUUCUACUGCAAGUCAAAGAAUCUUAAGUAUGAAGUGGGCAACGGAUGGUUGGACAUUCUCGGACCCUUGGUGGCGCUGCACAUGGACAAGGCUCUUCUAUACAACUGCUUCUAUGCCAUCAUGACAAAAUACGUUCCAAGAGAAACCAAUGAGCUGAGUAGAACAUAUCAUCUCUUCCGACUUCUCGUCAUGUAUCAUGAACCAGAGCUGUGCAAUUUCCUAGAAACCAGAAAGAUCUUCCCUGACUCCUACACUAAACAUUGGUUCAAUACAGUGUUUGCUGGUAGAUGUGGUCUUGAAAUCAUCCAACCUAUGUGGAGUCUUUACUUCCUCCAAGCCGAUCCAUUCCUACAGUUCUUCUUAGGACUAGUCAUACUCGUCAAUGCAAAAGAGCACAUCAUGGGGAUGACAGAGUCUAGUAGAGAUGAGCUGAUUGAUUGUCUAGCCAUGUUCCCUAGCCAGCUUGAAGAAGAUGAUGUAGAAGACUUCUUCAGCCUAGCUCAAUACUACGCAUCCAAAACACCACAGUCAUUCAGAAGAGAGUACCAAUCUCUAUUUGGAGCUAACUUUGCCAGUCCCAAGGAAGCCAGUGAAGGACCUAGCGCUCUCUGUCUUCUGGUCAACCCAUCAGAACUCCUACAAGCAGUAACACAAGGACCGGGCGAUGGCAUUAGUUACUUUGUGGUCGAUUGUCGGCCUGCUGAUCAAUACAAUAGAAGUCAUCUAGCCACAGCAUUCCAUCUUGAUGCGAACCUGAUGUUACAGCAGCCAGCAGAGUUUGCCAGCACGGUGAAGGCCCUUCUCUCCGCCCAGCAGCAGUCUAUCACAGCGGGUUCUCAAGCCGCUGGAGAGCAUCUUUGUUUUAUGGGGACGGGAAGAGAAGAGGAAGAUCAAUAUCUCCAUAUGAUCAUCGCCAACUUCUUACAGAGGAAAAUCCAGUCAGUUAGUAUGGCUGCGGGAGGCUACACAGCAUUACUGAAGCUAGUAGAGAAGGAAUUGACAUCAGGAAUGAUAGACCCAGCCAUUCUGAAAUCUGUUAUCAUUACACAACCUGAGAGUGCCAGCUCUGACGAUAGUGGGGCAGACAGCUCAAGUCCGGAAAACAGCUCGAUCGGUGACUCCCCUCAGAAGCUAACAGAGCGUGGUGCUGCCGUGAUGGGUCGACUGACGACCAUUUUCAAGAGCAAGUCUGCCUCGGUGAAAGACAAGGUUAUUGAAUUCAUCAAGAAUGAUCCGGCAGGAGAUGAAAAACAUGUAAGCAGUCUAGAUACUGGUAAGAGGUACCGAAGCGGCAACGUCCAGUCAGUCUUCAGCAUCGGGGAUGAAGAUGAUGACAAUGAGAGUGUUGGUGGAGCUGGUUCGUCAGACGAAGAGAGAAGAGAGCUGGUCAGUACAGAUACCUGGCUCAAGAAACCGGACAUCCUCAAAUCUUUUGAUUGCCAGGAGGUCAAAGACAGCGGUCAGACUUAUCCUGGACACGUCCUUGUCACGCCAACUCAUUUAUACAUCCUGAGAGAGGCCACCAACAGGAAAGGCUUCUCCUACAUCAUGGCUCGCCGCUCCCUGGCCGACGUCGUCAGAAUCACCUCUAAGAAACGCUGUUCCGAGUUCAUCACAUUCCGUUACGGCCGCGUGAACGCUGCCGGCGAGACCCUUGUCUACGGCAUCGACAGGAUCUACAUCCCGGAGGCGUCUGAGGCGACCAAGAUGAUCAAGCAACUGAUCGUGAAGUGUAUCGAUGAGAAGGAUCCGCCACAGGAACCUGCCAAGGAUUCCCCGAAGAGCACGGACAACUCGGACAAAGAGAGCGAGCAUGCUAAAGGGGAUGCAGAGAACAUAACUAUACCAAAAGCGGAGGAGGAGUCAACGACGGAUGCACAAAGUGAAAGCAAAGAGGAAGGUGUGGAGGAUGAUGGACUAGAUGAAAAGGAGGAGGGAAAGGGAGGAGAGGAUGAAGGGAAGGUAGAGGAGAGAACAGAUGAUGUCAAGGAGGAAAGCUAGUAUCAGCUGCUGGAGAGACUCUGUAAUGAGAAGGAAAAGACAAAUUAUCUCACCGGAGUUCAGUGCAACACUCCCCACACUCCCUCUCAUGGAAAAUGAUAUGCAUCACUGAGACAUGAUACAGCUGUAAACAACUGUGAAAGGAAAAAAUAUUGACUUACAUAAGUAAUCUGCAAAAUGGAGUAAAUAUAAGGACAUUCAGUGUGUUAUUUCAUAAUGAAUUGAAUUGUAUUGUAUUUAACCUGUAUAGGAGACCAGCAAAAGGAGACGAUGUUUUCUUUAAUUGUAGUUGGUCUUUAUAUGCAGGUUCUCCCUAACACAUGUGUUAAUGGGAAACACUAUUCAGGGAGAAACAAAUGUAGUCCCUAUGGAUAGAUGGUCUUUCUAUACUGGUGGUCACCAUGGUAGGUUGGGCUGUUCCCAUCACCCUCCCUCAAUGUUCAGUCAUACACAAGGCAAUAAUGUAUGCACGCUUUCAACCGUGGAUAAAACAUUCAUUUAUAAAUCAAUAUGCAUGUAACUAAUCUAUUGGCUUUAUCUAAGUUUUUCACUUCUUUCACGCACACGCAAAACUGUAAAACAGGGCUUUGAUGUAUCGGGUAUCCAAAAGCAUUUUUUGAUGAUUGAGAAGACUGAUAAACCCAUGUUCAAAUUGUAAAUAAUGAUCAUGUAUUCUUUGUUGAAUCAAAGUUACAAUAUACAUAUGUUAAUAAAGAAAGAG